AUGACAGGGAUCGUCUCAAAGCCAGAAGGCAAGACUGGCUAUGAACCACAGUACAUGAAAGCUAUACGAGAGAGAUAUGGCACAUCCCGUGCUACUGAUGAAAUUUGGAAAGAAAUCAAAGCUACUUAUUAUGGGAUGAUUACUCGCCUAGAUGACCAAUUUGGCCGUAUUAUGGACAAGGUAGACAAUCUUGGAUUAUGGAACGAUACAGUAACAAUGUUCUAUACCGACCAUGGCGAAUAUCUUGGCGAUCACGGGCUGAUUGAAAAAUGGCCGUCUGGUCUUUCAGAGACGCUUGUGCGUGAACCGCUUAUCAUCGGAGGCGCCAAUCUUCCCCAAAACCAUACAGUUGAUGCUCUCACCGAAAUGGUGGACCUUGUACCAACUCUACUUGAGAUGUCUGGGAUCGGCGAGCAUUUCCCGCACAACGGAAAAUCAUGGGUUCCUCUCCUCGACAGCUCGAAGACUCUAGAACAUAAAGAAUACGUCUUCUCCGAGGGUGGCUUUCUUACAUGCGAGGAGCCUUUGCUCGAGCAGGCUCCUUAUCCAUACGACAUCAAGGCUGGCUUGCAGCACGAGGAUACUACUCUUGUCGGCAAGGCUAUCUCCCUUCGCGACAAAGAAUUCACAUAUAUAUAUCGUCUAUACGAGCCUGCAGAGUUGUACGACCGCGCCAGAGAUCGACACGAAAUGCAUAACUUGGCCGCUGACCCUGAUUACAAGGACAAGGUAGAAAAGUACCAGAUGGUAGUAUUGAAAUGGCUUGUGGGUGGAAGUGAUCUUUUGCCGUGGCAUAAAGAUACCAGAUUCCCGCAAGUUGAGCUUAAGAGUCCUCGAGAACAGAUGGAGGAGCGGCUCAAAAAAGUCGACAAUAAAAGAAAACAGAAUGGGAAUGUGAAACAUGACGAGGACCUCCAGACCAAUGCGUUGAAGACCGCUGCUCAGUAA